AUGUUUUUGCAUCAGUGUGGAUCACAGGUGUCAGGCAGGGAGGUCAACGGAGCAGCUGCUGCCAAAAAGCAUGCCCUACUCUUCUCCUCCGUGGUCAAAAUGACAGCGGCACUCCAUCACGCUGCGCGCGGGUCUCUGGUGCAAUCAGUAGGGUGGUGGCACAGGGGAGGCAGGCUGCCUGGUGGUCAAAGAAGGCCUACCACUCUCUGA